AUGGUGGAUGACAGUGGAUUGGACAACGAUACACCAAGUCCACCCGCCUACUCGAAUGAGGCGGUUUUUGAUGAUGACAUCUACGGAGAGCUUAUUCUUCUGGGAUUCAACGGGCAAACUGAAAAUCGUGCCACAUCGAAGCGGUAUCUCACAAAAAAGGUGUUGAAACGGAGGGAUGUUGCGAAUGGAAUCAAAAAGUGUACUGUACAUAAUGUAGCUUCCACUGAUAAUAAAAUUAUCAAAGACAAGUCUCGACACACCGUUUCAUUCCAUAGUGAUCACAAUAAAUCAGUGGUGAUCGAGUAUGCACAGGAUAGUACAAAGGAUAUGUUUCAGAUCGGACGUGCCUCUGAUGAACAGAUAGAUUUCACCGUCAUUGACACCUGGAUGUUCCUACCAGAGCAUUCAGAUGCUGCAGUACCAUCUCGCCCGCAAGUUGAUCUCCUUGAGAAAGGAGACAGAACUUCCACAAUCAGUCGAUUCGCUUGCCGGAUCCUGAUCGAUCGGGAGAAUUCGAAUAAGGCGUAUUUGUAUGCAGCUGGAUUUGAUGCGCAUCACAAUAUUUCUAUUAAUCAAAAAUCCCUCAAGUGGACUAAAUCAAAUGGUGAAGUUGAUGGUUUGACUACAAAUGGAGUCCUUAUUCUCCAUCCGAACAAAGAUGAUCUUCUGGAUGAUACCGUCGACAAACCAAUGUACAAAUGGCGUGAAGUAUCAAUCAACGGAGAUGUCUACGAGCCACGUGUCACUCGGAGUAGCUCAGCGAAAGGUGUUUAUGUACCGGAAUGGACUAACAUGCUCCAAGAUGGAACAUUAAUUGAUCUAUGUGGAGCUACAAUACUAUGGAGAACUGCUGAUGGAUUGGAAAGAUCUCCGAAAAUGAGAGAAUUAGAGAUGGCGUUGGAUCGUUUGAAUGCAGGAAGACCUCAGUGUCCAGUCAAUUUGAAUACUUUGGUGAUUCCAAAAAAGAGAAAUGGGAGACAAGUGAAUAGGAGACAACCGUAUGUAUAUCUUCAAUGUGGACACGUUCAAGGAAAGCACGAGUGGGGAAUUCAUAAUAAUAGUGGACAAAGAGGAGGAAAAUGUCCGAUUUGUCUCGUUGAAUCGGAGAGAAUUGUGCAGUUAUCAAUGGGAAUGGAAUCCUCAUUCCAUCUGGAUUCUGGUGUUCUAGACCAUGCUUUCAAUCCAUGUGGACAUAUGGCAAGCAAGCAGACUGUUCUUUACUGGUCACGAAUCCCUCUUCCACAGGGAACUUGCCGUUAUGAUCCAGUCUGCCCAUUCUGCUACCAACUGUUGGCAACUGAACGACCAUUUGUUCGCCUAAUUUUCCAGGAUAAUUGCUUUGAUGACGAUACGAUUCGUUUUUCAAAUGAGGCCUAA